CGCGCGCUCUGACCGCCCCCCCCCCCCCCGCCGAAUCGCCUCCCACCGCCGCGCCGUUCACGUCUCGAGCCCGAUGCUGUCCGCGGCGGCGCGUCCCCGCCGUCUUUCUUGUGAGCCGCCGCGCGGAGGGAGAAGCACUUUAGUGAGCCCAACAGACCUGCCGGGAAUGAGCCCCGCGUAACUCCUCGGGUAUUGUUGUCUCUCACCCCCUCCUCUUUUCCCCCUGGCUCUCUCCCUCUCUCUCUCUCUGAACCCCCUCCUGUCCCGCGCUCUCUCCCAAGUUGAGUCACUGCACAGAAGUAUGGUAGAUAAAGGCCCCCUGUUGACUUCUGCCAUUAUUUUUUACCUGUCCAUUGGGGCAGCGAUUUUUCAAGUCCUGGAGGAGCCCAAUUGGAAGCAGGCUGCGAAGACGUAUAGUGACCAGAGGGACAAAAUACUUGAGGACUAUCCUUGUCUGACGAAAGAUGACUUGGACAAAAUACUAGAGGUGGUGUCCGAUGCUGCGGGCCAGGGGGUCACUAUUACUGGCAGUAAGACCUUCAACAACUGGAACUGGCCAAAUGCUGUCAUCUUUGCUGCCACGGUUAUCACCACCAUCGGGUAUGGCAACAUGGCCCCCAAAACGUCAGCAGGCCGUGUAUUUUGCAUCUUCUACGGGCUCUUUGGUGUGCCUUUGUGUCUUACCUGGAUCAGUGAGCUGGGCAAGUUCUUCGGUGGCAGAGCCAAGCACCUGGGCCAAUAUCUCACCAAGAAAGGAUUUUCACUGAGAAAGGCUCAAUUUACCUGCACAGCUAUUUUUCUCCUCUGGGGCGUCCUGGUCCAUUUAGUACUUCCACCGUUUGUAUUCAUGUCCCAGGAGGGCUGGACGUACAUCGAAGGCUUGUACUUCUCAUUUGUCACCUUGACCACAAUUGGCUUUGGGGACUUGGUAGCUGGUGUGGAACCGAAUAAAGAAUACCCAACUCUGUACCGUUACUUUGUGGAAGUGUGGAUUUAUCUGGGGUUGGCCUGGCUCUCUUUGUUCUUCAACUGGAAAGUGCGGAUGGUUAUUGAAGCUCACAAGGCACUGAAGAAACGCCGCAAGCUGCGCAAGCUGUCUCUCGACGAGCUCCGGCACUACAAAGAGUCGCACAAGGCUGCCCUUCGCUUGCCACCCUCUCCUAAUGACGUCAACAUCUUCAGCUUUCUGUCAAAGAAGCAGCAAGGCUACAACGAUUUGAUUAAGCAGAUUGGCACGAAAAAAGAUGACAGAAUCAUUGGCAACACUGGUAACUCCACUGAUAAAGCCAAAGAUGCUAAUCGCUCCCGGAGUUGCAAUGACGCUCCCUUGUUAAACACCAUCCUCAGUUUUGACCGCUCGCCACGCCAAAAGAGACGCUACAGUUUCAGUGACCGCGUCACUGUUGCUUUUUCAAAGUCCAAGAACUACCUGCUGGGCUCAGACAAUGGUCUUCUGCUAACAGAAGAUCAAGUAGAGGGUGACCUAGAACUAGACCAGGACCAAAUGUUUGAGAACCAACUUGACAAGGACGUGGACCUUGAGAAACGAGGAGUGGGUGACUGUGGACCAGGUGGUCGGAGGACUUGGGACUCUAAGGAGUACCAUCCACUGACAUUCCAAAAUGCAAACAUAACUUUUAUUGAUGAGGAAAACUUCCUCAGCAAUAACUUGGAGGAGGAGGAUGAUGACGAUUCCAAAGCAAAAAUAUCUAUUACCACAUGUGAUGAAAACAUUGAAACGAAUUCCAAGGAGGAGCAGAGUUCUGAAUCUGAAGGGUCCGUGUUCACUAGUGACGGUUCAGAACACAGCCACUCGUAUGAGACACUAGUAGAGGAAUAUGCAAAGGAAGAAAAUACAGAAUCGUGAGGAAUUACAAGUCUUAAACUCAUAAGUCAAUGCAACUCACCGGUCAUCUGUUUUUGACUUGGUUGGCAUUGAAGUAUAUAUAUUCUGACACUUCCAAGAUCAAAUUUCAAAUCAAUGUUUCCAUGAAGAUACACAUCAUUUUGCCCAUUUGAUUUUAAAAGUCUAGCUUCCUGUAAACUCUAGAACAAAUGAUGUUUAACAUCAUAUCAGAUAUGGACUACAGAGCAUGACAUGUAACCCCACGUCUGCUCUAUUUCAGUUUUUUUUAUACGGUUUGAGAAAUGAUAUGCCACACAUUUUAUUGUAAUAUCCAAAACAAUAACUAUUUACAAUGAGUGCUUUUUUCAACUCAUGGGUUGAUAGGGAAUUAUGUGGGAAUGUAUUUGAUUUUCCCAGAGUUUCUUCUAUUCAUAUUCACCAUAUUGGUGUUUUAAUAAUAUUUAUUAAAAUGAAGGACAUUGAAGCUUUUUAUUUUAAAAAACUACAUGGGUUUAUGUCUCCCAUUGCACAAUUCCACCAAAUGAGGACAGUAAAAAGUCCACUCCAUUGCAGAUUGUCUGUUUAAAACCUGAGCCAAACAUUUUUCCUUGAAGAAAAUGUUAUUUAAGAAAGGGUUUUGGGCCAAUCCCUACUUUUUAACUUUGGUAUUUCAUUUUUUUAUUUUGUGAAGUCCUUGAUCAUUUGUUUUGUGCGAUUUCUGUUCUUUGUUUUUUGUUUGUACUGUAUGCAACAGAAUUUUGACUGCAUUAGAUAUCAUCAGAGAUGGGUAGGCAACAUCUGAGUCCUGGAACCAACUUGGAGCAAACUGCUCGAGACGCACUAAAGUCCGGACAUUUUCCUGAGUUCCUCUGGAGGGGUUGGAUUUGAGAACACAAAUGUCCACAAAUAUUGUUUCGGCCAUUGUCCUGAACUUUUGCUGCCAGCCCCCUGGUAAAAUUUCAGGAGAUUGUCCGAGCGAGCCAAUGCGAGAAUUCAGCGGUCAUCUUGAUGACUGUAAACCAAAACACUGCUUCCUGCAGUGAAAUUAAUUUCAUAUCCCGCCUCCUGCUUUUUUGCCCAAUGUUCCUGCUGUGUUCGCCAUAUGUAAAUGGAAAUUGUCCGGACAUUAACGGUCAUAUGUGAAAGCGGCCCUAACAAAUCAUUCAUGUCAUAUGCAGAGAAAUAUUUAUGGUAUAAUCUGCAUUAACUGCCAGUUAUUGUUUUUUUUCCCCUACUGUACGCCUCUGUUCCAAGCUGUUAGGACUCCUGUAACGUCAGCUUUGCAUUGUGACGCCUGUCAGAAUAUUGGUUUUGUCAACACAUAUCAUCCGCGUGUCAUAUGUCCAAUCUGCAGCUUCUGGUUCCUUCUACCAUGGCAGUGCAUGAUGUGAAUGAAACAGUAUUCUCACUCUGUCUCCCUUGCACCCUUUCAUUUCAUUGUUUGCCAUGUAAAUGUUGGCUGAAAGCCCAUCAGUAGCCACAAACACAGCUCAGGACAUGGCCUUGCUACUUGUUUGCCUUCGGGGGCUCACACUGGCAUGAAUGACUGAAGUACCGCUCAUGACUGGCAGCCAAGGUUAACCUGUAACAGAUCAAUGGUCUCUUGACGUAUGUUUUUGUCUUGAGGGGACAUCGGCAGUCAAUUAUUGUAUAGUAUAUACCUUUACCCUGUACUCUCUCUCAAAAUAUUAUGUUCGUUGCUUUUCAGUCUAACCCACUGCCUUUUGCACAAAUUUAAAAAUUUUAACACAAAAAACCUUUUAACAGUAUUAGUUGGAAUGGCACACCUUGAAUUUAAAACCAGUCUCCUCAUUCAUACCAGAUUCAGUAGUGUUGGAAAUUCUACUCCAACAUUUCUCAAUUUUUUUCGUGAAUACUUGGGCUACACCAUGCCAACUCCUAAUUCAGCCUUACAGAUGACUGCUGUUAAAUGAAAAUGUCUUAAAUCCACUGCAAAGCAGAGGACAUGCAGUAAAAUAAAAUAUCUGUUGAAUGUACUUUGCAGUGACUUUCUGGGAAGGUAUAAUCUUUCUCACUCUGUUUUUUUUUCUCUUUGUUUUCCUCUUGUGUAUUUCAUCAUUGGUUACUGGUCACUGCUGUAUUUCCAUUUCCCCCUUCACAUUUCCACUGGUUUUUCUGGACGCCUUAAGUGCUGCAUUGUGAUGCAGGCAUGGUACUUGUCUGGACUGAAGCAUGUCUCUUGAUCUUAAACUAAAAACAGGUUUGGCUGGUUUAACUAAUUGUCCAACUUUAGUUUUCUUGUGAAAGUUGCUCCAUUGUGUUAAAAACUCCAAUAUAGUUUUGUUGUAAGGUGUUUUUUAUGAUUAAAUUAUUCAUGUUUGUAUAUUAAUUCCAAACAAAACUGUAUAUUUCAUGUAAAAUAAACAUUUAAUAAAAUUUA